AUUGAAUUCCCGUAGGAAACGGCUAACAUUUUUUUUCCAGCUAGCGGUGUAAAGGGGCCACUUUAUCAAUGGUCCUAAUUCGGUUUAAUGUGUAAAUUCUUGUGCUUUCGUGACCCCGGACAGAGCAGCGACCUUCGGAAAGCUUCACAACGGGCUCGCUGCUGUUAGUCAGAUACUUGUAGGGGGGUGACCAGAGAAAGAAGUUGAAUGGAUCCGAGGGUAGCUUGGAUUCAGCCCGAACAGAAAGGACCUGCGAACGCCUUAUGGAUGCACGUCUGGGAGACCUCUCAGGGAGUACGGACACUCUCCGCUCAGCACCAGCUCCACAACCAGAACCACAACCAGUGCGUCAACUACGCCGCGCUGGAUGUUUUAAAAAAUGUGGCGACCGCGGUGGCAUCGAGCAAGAGCAUUUGCAGCAGCAACGGGAACGUUACUGCCAGUUUGAGCAACGGCAGCAGCCAUCACAGCAUCAUGAACGGCACUACGAGUAUUAACGGCACUGCGAUGUCCUCGCUCGGGAUAGCGCUGUCCAACGGGAACGUCCACAACUCCUUCAGCACGACGAACACCGCCGAGCCAGGUGAGAGAAAAAGCCAGAAGACGGGCUCUGUCUCCUCGUCCUCCUCGCAGGAAUCCGGGACGGACUGCCCCCCUUCCAGCUGCUCACUUGAAAGGACUAUGGGUGGAAAUGUAACGGGCAACAUGAAUAAAAACGUCGGGGGUGCCAAUCUGCUCUUCAGCGUGAGCGACAGCAUGGACAAUAAUGUCAACCUUUACCACCAUCACCACCGUCACCUACAGGAGCUCCCUGCUUUUAAUUUACAGCAGAUCUGUGCCAAGCGCCACCAGGUUCACCCCUCUGUACCUGUAAAUCACACACACAACCACCAUCCGGGCCGGAGGAAAAGUGACAACAAAGCGAGCACUUAUGGGAUGAAUUACUUGCUUUCAAACUGCACUAAUGGCAAUUAUGCGAGCACUUGGACGCCCUGGAAGGCGAGGAAGUACAAUCCCGGGGUCCUCGGACUCCACGAGGAGGUGAUGGACUUCUACAACUUCAUGUCCCCUCGGCCAGAAGAAGCCGCCAUGAGGAAGGAGGUGGUGAAUAGGAUAGAGAUGAUCAUCAAGGAACUGUGGCCCACUGCAGAUGUCCAAAUAUUUGGCAGCUUCAGCACCGGGCUGUACCUUCCAACUAGUGACAUUGACCUGGUGGUGUUUGGGAAAUGGGAGCGCCCCCCGCUGCAGGAGCUGGAACAGGCCCUCCGCAAGCAUAACGUUGCAGAGCCUUUCUCCAUUAAAGUGCUUGACAAAGCUACAGUGCCAAUCAUCAAGCUGACAGACCAGGAGACUGAGGUGAAGGUGGACAUCAGUUUCAAUGUGGAGACUGGCGUCAAGGCGGCAAGCUUCAUUAAAGAUUAUGUGAAGAUGUAUCCAGUGCUGCCUUACUUGAUCUUUGUGCUGAAGCAGUUUCUGCUGCAGAGAGAUCUAAACGAAGUCUUUACUGGGGGAAUCAGCUCGUAUAGCCUCAUCCUCAUGGUCAUCAGCUUUCUACAGCUCCAUCCUCGCAUUGAUGCCAGAAACCCCAACGAGAACUUGGGCGUGUUGCUGAUCGAGUUCUUUGAGUUGUACGGCCGCCAUUUCAACUACUUGAAAACAGGGAUUCGCAUAAAAAAUGGAGGUGCAUACAUAGCCAAAGAGGAGAUCAUGAAGGCCAUGACAAAUGGAUACAGACCAUCCAUGCUCUGCAUAGAGGACCCGCUGCUUCCAGGUAAUGAUGUGGGGAGGGGCUCUUAUGGUGCCAUGCACGUCAAGCAGGUGUUUGACUACGCCUACACUGUCCUGAGUCACGCCGUGUCCCCCCUGGCACGGUCGUAUCCCAACAAAGACUCUGAGAGCACCUUGGGCAGGAUAAUCAGGUUGACCCAGGAAGUGAUCGACUACAGGGACUGGAUCAUUAAGAAGUGGGGGGGCAGGGAUUUGGCACGAACAGACAACAGAGCGUCACCUCCCAAGGAGCCAGCGUCAGAGCAGGAGCCCUGUGUGCUCGGUGGGGGGUCAGAGGAGCAGCAAAGGGACUCUGUGUCGCCCCACAGCGCGGACUCCCCCAUGUCCAUCUCUAGCCCUCAGCAGCACUCCUCAGCCUCCUCUGUCUCCUCCCUGUCUGGAUCAGACAAUGACUCUGAUUCAGCACUGCCCUGUCCCGUCCCUCCGCCAGCCAUGCCACCGUACCCGUCUUUCCCGCCUCUGGGCCUCGCUCUGCCACCUGGCCUCAACAUGGCCUCAAAGCCCGGCAUGGGAGGACACCAUCUCCUCCUGCACCCAGGCUCCCAGGCUCGCGUCUCACUGCCCGGUGGUCUAGCAAUGCACUCCAUACCUGGCAGACAGGUGUGUAUAGACACCGGGCUCCCCCCCUUCUUCCACAUGCCCCCCCCAGCCCAUGCUCAUGCCCCUGCCCCCUCCAGCCCCCAGCCUCCGCCCAGCCCCCACUCCAGCCACACACAUAAGAACGGAGCCAAGUUCAACGUGAAGGGCUUCCACAACCCGCCGCUGGUCAACAACCCCGUUCUGGCUAACCGCGGACACACACACACUCACACGCACACACAGUACCACCGCAACACUUGGCGGCGCAGAAAGAGGGACAGCCUACCGGUCAGCCUGAGCAGAUAGAAACCACUCCUCUUCCCCCACUUUUGCUCCCUGUCCUCUGCGGCUGCAGGAGCCUGGCUCUCGGCUGGUGUGGCAGGAGGACGGACAGGCAGACGGAGGACCAGAGACCAGCAGUUGUCACUCUGAAACAACAGCCCUCAGCUCUGCAUCUUCUUCCUACUAUCUCUACCUUUCCAUUUCUGCAUGACUUUGGUUCACACUUUUGUAGUUUCAGUAUUAUGUUACUUUCAGUAUUUUUGUCCCCUCAUUUUAGUUUCAGGUCUGGUUUUUGGUUAUUUUUGGGGACUCUGCGGUGGCGCCAUCGCCAAGUUCACUUGACCUCGUCUUGACCCUCGUAGCCAAGCUGCCUGUGGUUCAGUGUUACUUUUUUUUCCUUUUUUUACAGUUUAUACACUUAAGAACAAAAAAAAAAGUUUUUCAU